CGCCGGCCGCAGGCGUUACGUCAGCAUCCAAUCAGAGCGGCGGGGCCGGAUAUAAUUCUGAACGUGGAAUCCAGCAGCGUCCGUUCCAGUGUGACAGUGUAUUUCUGUGCGGCGAACAGAUCCACAGACUGACAGAUGCAGCAAACCGACGACAUGGAGGUACCUUUACUUAAUGAUUCUAACUGUAACAGACAGAAGUCUCUGGCUCAAGAGAGAGAUGGGUUCAGCCAUCAGCAGAAGGAUUCGGAGGGGUCCAUGGAGUCCCCCAACCUGGAGUUUGAAUAUGGGGACACAGACAGCUUCACUGCUGAGCUCUCAGAGCUGUACAGCUACACAGAGGAACCAGAGUUCAGUCUAAACAGGGAUUAUUUUGAGGAAGACUUCAAGAAUCAUGUGAAGGGUCGGAGGUGGAUGGAGUUGAGUUUGGAGGAGCAGAGGGCGUAUGUCAUGAGACUGCUGGACGCUCUGGAGGUCACCGAUCGGGACAAGAGGCUCAAAGUGGCCCGGGCCAUCCUCUAUUUGGCCCAAGGUGUGUUUGACGAGUGUGACACGGAGACAGACGUCCUCUACUGGUCUCGACACAACGUCUUCCUCCUCUACGACAUGGGCAUCUUCACGGCUCUGCUGGAGCUCCUCAGCAUGGAGAUAGAUAAUAACCAGGCGUGCAGCACCGCGGUGAGAAAACCGGCCAUUUCGCUGGCAGACAGCACUGAACUCAGGGUUCUUCUGAGCAUCAUGUAUCUGAUGGUUGAGACCAUUCGUGUGGAAAUGGAGGGUGACGGCCCUGAGAGGAAGGCAGCCAGACAGGCCUUCAAAACAGAGUUGGGUUCUCCCCUUUAUAACGGAGAGCCCUUUGCCCUCCUCCUCUUCACCAUGGUAACCAAGUUCUGCAGCAUGAAUGCGCCCCAUUUCCCCAUGAAGAAAGUGCUGCUCUUGCUCUGGAAGACCAUACUGUUCACACUGGGAGGCUUCGAGGAGCUGCAGGAGAUGAAGGUGAGAAUGAGAGAGCAGUUGAAGCUGCCGCCACUCCCUGAGGACAGCAUUAAGGUGGUGCGAAACAUGCGGGCCGCUUCCCCUCCAGCCUCGGCCAUGGAGCUCAUCGAGCAGCAGCAGCAGCAGAAGAGAGGACGCAGGAGCCGCAGGAGUGCCUUUGUUGAUAGCUUGGAAGGAGACAGUCCAUAUGCCAAGAAACAGCCCCUGGUCAAGCAGGACAGCCUGGACACAUACAACGAACGGGACCCUUUCAAGAACGACGAUGCCCGGGAUGAGGAAGAUGACCCAGAGGAUGUGGACAGUGGCAUCGAGGGAGAGGUCGACCCUCUCGACAGAGACGUCAUCAUCCAACCGCCGCCGCCGCCGCCACCGCUGCGGCCCCCGACUGAGAGAGUGUCCUUCCCCAAGGGCCUGCCCUGGGCUCCCAAAGUCAGAGAGAAAGACAUCGAGCACUUCCUGGAGACCAGCAGAAAUAAAUUUAUCGGCUUCACCUUGGGAAGUGACAUUGACACUCUGGUUGGGUUACCCCGGCCCAUACACGAGAGCGUAAAGACUCUGAAACAGCACAAGUAUGUCUCCAUAGCGGAGGUCCAGAUCAAGAGAGAGGAGGAGCUGCAGCAGUGCCCCAUGACUUUGGGGGAGGAGGAGGUGGAAGAAACGCCUGCAGAGAUUCUAUAUUUGGGAAUGUUGCCCAGUCUCUCACAGUAUGUUAUUGCUCUUUUGAAGCUGCUGCUGGCUGCAGCUCCAACCUCCAAAGCAAAGACCGAUUCUAUCAACAUCCUAGCCGACGUUCUGCCGGAGGAGAUGCCAAUCACCGUCCUCCAGAGCAUGAAGCUGGGCAUUGAUGUGAACAGACACAAGGAGAUUAUCGUCAAAGCGAUUUCAGCUCUCCUGCUACUGCUGCUCAAACACUUCAAACUCAACCACAUAUACCAGUUUGAAUAUGUGGCUCAGCACCUGGUGUUUGCCAACUGCAUCCCCCUCAUCCUCAAGUUCUUCAACCAGAACAUUAUGUCUUACAUCAGUGCCAAAAACAGCAUUUGUGCCCUGGAUUUCCCACAUUGUGUGGUUCAUGAAAUGCCUGAACUCACAGCUGAAAGCCUGGAAGCUGGUGACAGUAAUCAGUUUUGCUGGCGUAAUCUCUUCUCCUGCAUCAACCUACUGAGGAUCCUAAACAAAAUCACCAAGUGGAAACACUCGAGAACUAUGAUGCUCGUGGUGUUCAAGUCUGCUCCCAUCCUGAAGAGGGCGCUCAAAGUCAAGCAGGCCAUGAUGCAGCUGUAUGUUCUCAAACUCCUCAAGAUCCAGACCAAGUAUCUGGGGCGACAGUGGAGAAAGAGUAACAUGAAAACUAUGUCCGCCAUCUACCAGAAAGUCAGACAUCGGCUCAAUGACGACUGGGCAUACGGGAACGAUAUCGACGCUCGGCCGUGGGACUUCCAGGCGGAGGAGUGUGCACUGCGUGAGAGCAUCGAGAAAUUCAACACGCGACGUUACGAUAAGAGUCAGAACAGCGAGUUUACACCAGUGGACAAUUGCCUCCAAAGCGUUUUAGGUCAGCGCGUCGACCUGCCAGAAGACUUCCAUUACAGCUACGAGAUGUGGCUUGAAAGAGAGGUGUUCUCCCAACCUAUUCAGUGGGAGGGUCUGCUACAGGCCCAGUGAUCCUACUUUAAUGAUUAUAGGACUUUUGUUUCUUAUUAAACCGACACGAUUACUGUGGACUCACGAUCGACAUAUGAAUACUCAAAGCACUGAGGGUCAGCCAUUCCUGUUCUGUAAUGAAUUCUUGUAAAUAGAGAUCUAUAUGUGAAUAUGGAAUGGUGCUAUAUAUAAAUUUAUAUACACAAUACACACACACACACACACACACACACACACACACACAUAUGUAUAUGUGUGGAUAUAUGGAAUGAAAGAAUAUCUUUUCCAAUAACUAAAGCACACUUUAUGUAUAAUAACCGCACAACUACAGUAUUCUAACGUAUAUACUAUUCUGAAAUGAUCAAUAUUUAUUUAUAUGGUCACUCAUUGUGUCUAACUGUGGAAAUGUUUCAUCUUUAUGUAAAUAUGAGCACUUCAUGAGUUUUCAAAAGCGGUUGUGUACUGUCAUUCAGAGUUUGUGUGUUAAAACUCCAUUGGUUGUUUCUUUAUCUCUGUGGCAUCACGUGUUAAACAGGAGGGCGUCUGGAGAAAGCAGUGAGUCACCUCUUUUUGUCCCCAUGUAGCAUUACUGCACAUCACACAAAGACCCCUGAGCAGCACAAUACACACAUUCAAAGUGUCCUUGGUGACUUUACCGUCACCCACACUAGACAUGUUACUCACUAAAUGGUGCUGGUUUUUAAGGCUUUGUUUUAUCUCCUUGUUAAGUGUCACAUUCUCUUCUGACAAGUUCUUGUGAAGAAACAUCUGUGCCCUCUCCAUCACAACAGCGUUAUAUACGGCACCUCACUAUUCAUCAUGUUUAUGUUACAGGGUUUGUCUUGCAUAUCAUUUCUUAUUUUUUAUAUUCUCAUUGUUUUGUACUAAAUGAAGGUGCUGUGUAAAUGAAACUACCUAUGAUGAUCCAUGCCAAAUACAGCUCUACCACAUUUUUUAUAUGUACACUGAUUUGUUGUACUUGUACAGACUGCACUGUUGGUGAAUGUGGCAAAUCGAUGUAAGAGUCUUUAAUAAAUUAUAAAGAGAGUUAAUAAUCAUUACCUUGAGUAACAGAUCUCAUUGUGGGCGUUUAUUGUUUUUUGUUUUUUUGUGAUAAAAUUAGAUUCAUAAAAACUGUACUGACUUUGAGGGAGAGAGUAUGAACAUAUUAAACAACCGUGACAUAUGAUGCAUUGCCAAGACAUAUAAAAUACAAAUUUGUGUCCUUUAACCAUCGACUCUGAGUACCAGUUCAGUGUUUCUUGUAAUACUGCUGUCUGAUACACUUGUUGACCACAAGAGGGAGCCAGUUAUCACCGGUUUUUCACAGAUAGACAUUGGCUGUAAUGAUGGUCAUCUGCUCAUGGACAGCAUAACCACUGCUGGUGACUGUGCCGGACGCUCCAGUGGGAGGCCACACUGGUAUCCCCCUCCUUUGGACGGCAGAAGCGUGUUUCAGCUUCAGUCUGACACUUUGGCUGCUUGACACCAUUACGCUUGAUGAUCCUGCAGAUGAGAUGACAGCUCUUAAUGUCACUUUAACAGCAAAUAUUCCAGCUUAACUGCAGAUAAAAUCGACACACAGACGAAUAUAAUCGAAUCGAGUGUUACUCGACUCACCUAUUGUUUCGUCAGCAGUGGGCGGGACUUACAAGCAGUGAUCUAAUUGGCUGAAAAUGUGAUUAAUAUCCGACAGCCUGUUGCCAAUUUUCAAUCCACCUGAGGACCAGCGUGAGCACAAGGAGAAGUCUUCUUUGAAUAUUAGGAUUUCUGGGUCAGAACUGCUGGAGGUCAUGAGGAGGUGACAGGAGAAGCAGCUACAGUACUCUCUUGAACUGCUGAACCCUUAUUCCUCUGACCUUUUUUCUGGAGUCAUUGGAGCGCACUCCGUUUGCUGCCAUAAUGUGCCUUUGACAAGAACUCUGGGACGUGUCUGAUAACGGUACCAGCUCAUAUCCUUUCACUGGGAUAAAGGUUACGACCAGCCAUUUCUGUUUGAAUGCAUGUUAUUUACAAACUGCAGUGAGUUUGUGUGCACAAUAAAAGGCUAAAUGUGA